AACAAAAGAAAGUUGGCACUAAAUUUAUUAUUAAAUAUUUACAAUUUACGAGUAAAAAAACAAAGCAACAAUAAACACACAAAAUAAGAUGUCUGUUGAUAGCACUGGCGGAGUUGAUCCACGAAUUAAGAUUGAAUUGGAAAGAUUAAACACAGCAACGGAGACUAUUAAUCAAUAUGAGAUACAAGUAGAUGAAGCUCGACGUGAAUUCCAUGCAUUGUUGAAGGAGAGCAUUGACAAGAUAAAGCAAUCAGCUACGAAGAUAGGAAAUGCGAUUGAAAUUGCAAAACCAUAUUAUGAAGCUCGUCUUUACUGCAAUCAGGUUGGAAAGGAAGUUCUUGAAGCGCAGGCGACAUAUGACAAGAGCAAAUCUACGUUAGCAGCAGCAAAGGAAAUGGUCAAUUUGGCGGAACAGGGUUUAGGAGAGAAAAAUACGCUUGAUGUUGCUUGUCAGGAGAUGCUCAGUCAUGCAACAUCGAGAGUCAACGAAUCACAAGCAGAAUGUACAGAAGCAAGAAAUAAUCUGAAAAUGUGUGAAUUGAAGCAAGAUGUCGCAAAUACGAGAGUCACAAAGUUACAAACGCAAUUGAAAGGAGCAAUAAGAGCUUCGAGUUUUCGAAUGCGCCGUUACCUUCUUUUAAUGAACAUUGUUGCGUAUCAGCACGAAUUAUUGUUUUUACCGUAUUACGAAACUCGAGCUAAUUGCAAUGGAUUGUUGAAGGCACAAAAAGCAAAAAUACUCGAAAUGGAAUCAAAAAUUCUGAAUGCCAAAAUGACAUAUAAUGAAGCUUUAAAGAACCUCGAAGAAAUAUCCGAAGAAAUUCAUCGUUUGCGUGAAGAGACAAAAACUAAGUUAGAAGAGUAUGAUUCGAGUAAAAAGCCAUUAAUAGCAAAAAAUAAAGAAAAUGCGCCAUCGCUCAAUGACAAACAGGAAUUAUCUAGUCAAAUAAAUUCCACAGAUGAGUACCUUGAAUUCCCGCCAAAGUUAAGUUUGAAAAGUAGCCCGAUAAAGCAGCAAAUUAUGGAUAAGCAUGAAUGUCCCCAUUUAUUACGUGACUUUGAUUUUGGAAGAGCAUCAACUGCAGCAACAGUAUCUUCAGCAACGAGCUCUCCCAACAAAUAUGGCUGUGAUCGUACAUUUAGACAAGAUGAUAGUGACGGAGAGAUGUUUUCGCCGAGCCAAACAGACAUGACAAAUCUCUCUGACAUCGAGCAUUGGACCGAAAUUCGUUUAUCGCAUUCGAAUAGCAAUACAAGUACUGAACAUUCCGCCGUCGAGGAUAUUCAAUCGCCCGUGAGCAAUUACUCUGAAACGUCUUCCGAACGUUCUGACAACGCACGAAGGAAAGUUAUUACAAAAGUGAUACGAUACGAUGAGGAUCUUGUUGACAAGGAACCCAAAAAGGCAGAAGGAUUGUCAUCUUGGUUAUCGAGAUCAAGUUUCAAAGCUGAAGGAAGACGUCAAAGCUUCGAUUUGCUACUCGACAAUACAAAAGAAAUAUUUUCGGGUAUCACAAAAACAUUGGAGCGACGAAAUAGUGAAUCCGAAAUGACAGUUAAUAACGAUUUCUUCAGUUUUGGAAAACAAGCUUUAACUGACGAGCAAGUUGAAAACUUACAACUUGAUGCUGAGCAUCCUGAACUCGAACAAGGUUUUAAACUAUCGACUUCGAAACACAAAAUGUUGGACAUAUCUAAAUCGAAAUAAUUGAUGUCUAAAACUGAUAUUGACGUUACAUUCGACAAACGUAUAAAUAUAUUUAUUAAUCGUGUAGACAAAGGCAGCUAUUUUGUAUUAUUAAUUUUGGUCUAAAUUUGCCUUAAUAGGGGAAUCAGAUAUCAAAAAGGAGUCCAAUUUUAUCGAAUUUCGUGUGUUAUUGGAAAGACAAAAAAGUAACUAUUUUACACUUUAAGAUAUUUUAAAUCAAAUUCAAUGCUAUACUUGUGCAAUAAAUUACAACAAUAAUUUUUAA